AAGCCCCAAGACAGCAACCCCAACUCACAUUCGCGCGAGUCAGUGCACUUCUGUCUCAUGGAAAGCGAAGCGAUUGGCGCCGGUAAUGGAGAAGCGUCUGUCACACCUAUCGCCCCCGAGGCAAGCCCAAAGUCAAAUGUGUUCAAGACCGCGUUGAAAAACUUGAGCAGCGGCACGAAGAAGGAAAAGACGAGCAACAUCUUGCAGUCUGCGACAACAGGCUUCUUUGGUCGCAAGAAGGCCUCGUCGAAUCCGCCGUUGUUCCCUGGAUCGGUCAAGCAAGCUUCGUUCUGCGGGGCCCAGCUCCCUCCCGUGUGGGCGACGCCUCCGCCGGCCGUGAAGCAUCUCCAUCCCACCGACGACACCAACGCCAAAUCGAACGACACGACGACCGUGCCGGGGCCACGCAACGCCGCUGGGAACUUGCGAUCCGAGCAAUUCGCGGCCCUGCUCAAGAGCGACAAGGACUCGGUGGACUUGGAGCGCCUGCGCGAGCUGAGCUGGGGCGGCGUGCCCGUGGAGUUUCGGCCGCUGGUGUGGAAGCUACUCCUGAGCUACGUACCCGCGCACAAGGACCGCCGCGACGCCAUGCUGACUCGAAAACGCAGUGAAUACCGCGACUUACUGCACCAGUACUACUACAUCCCCGACACAGAUCGCGGGAUCAAGGAGCAGGAGACGCUGCAUCAGAUUCUCAUUGACAUUCCCCGGACAAAUCCUGACGUGCCACUGUUUCAAAACCCGACUAUUCAAAAGAGCAUGGAGCGGACGUUGUACAUUUGGGCGAUUCGGCACCCAGCCAGCGGCUACGUCCAGGGCAUCAACGACCUCUUAACCCCGUUCGUGACCGUAUUCUUGUCAUCCUUUUCUGACGACCCCGAACGAUGUGACAUGGCGACGAUUUCGGACCAAGUGAUGCAGGACAUUGAAGCCGACAGUUACUGGUGCCUCACUAAGCUCUUGGACGACAUCCAGGACCACUACACAUUUUCGCAGCCGGGGCUGCAGCGCAUGGUGCAGCGGAUGGAGGACCUGGUGCGGCGGUGCGACGGCGACCUGCACGGGCACAUUGUCGAGACGGAGCAGGUGCAGUUUGUGCAGUUUGCGUUCCGGUGGAUGAACUGCCUUCUCAUGCGCGAGUGUCCGCUGGGCGCGAUCGUCCGCCUCUGGGACACGUACCUGUGCGAAGAGAGCGGCUUCGAGAGCUUCCAUGUGUACGUGUGUGCGGCGAUUCUCAUGACGUUUGGCGACCAGUUGAAAGAGAUGCAGUUCCAAGACCUGGUUUUGUUUCUGCAGAAGUUGCCCACGAACGAAUGGGCUGAAGACGACAUUGAGCCACUCCUGUCACGUGCGUACAUUUUGCAAACGUACUUUGCCGACGCCCCCAACCACAUUCCCCAUAAAUAACCAAAGAGAGUAGCAACUACUAGGAUAAUAGUACGAACUGGACGACCGUGUUGACACUGUGAAUACAACUAUGAAUAAUACUAUUAAUAGUAUUACUACGAAG